CUAGGAAUGAAUUAACUGAGAAACAGGUUAUGGAAGACGCUGAGAGAGAAUCUACCAGCAGUUCAUCAAGUGAGGAAUUCGCUGUCAGUAGCACUGAGGAACAGCUUCGUAGACUGAGCAAAUACAACCAACUCCAGAUGGAGCAACUUCCAAGAAUGAAUGAAGACAACUAUGUCCAAAUGAGAGCGCCUAUGAGAGUGAUGAAUCAGGAACAGGCCCAGUUAUACCUUGAGCCUUUCCAGCAAUUCUACCAGCUUGAUGCCUAUCCCUAUGCUACUUGGUACUAUCCUCCACAAAUCAUGCAGUAUGCUGUUUUCCCACCAAUCUACAACAUCCCUAUGCCCAUUGCCUCCGAGAGCAUGGAAAAAACUGACGUUAUGCCAGAGUGGUGAAGAAAUAAGUCAAUUCUCAGGAACUCCACAGUUACAGCCCUUGAUAUGACUGAAAAUCCCAUUCUCUGAAUUUCUCCUCUCCUACUGCUCAUCAUGUAAAACCAUUCUAUCCAAAGGCCUUGACUGUUGCUUUCGAUUAGGAAAAUCCCAUAUUGAAGGUGAUCUUUCUUCUUGAGCUGUCUACUGUGUAUUAGAUUGCAUAUUAUCCUUUUUCUUAAGCUAAAUUUUCCUAGACAGUUUAUUCUCUAGAUUCCAGUUGUGUUUGGAUCCUUAUUCCAGCCAGCCACCUAAAAUAAAAAAUUUAAAAAACUCCAGUUGUAUCAUGCCAGUAUGAAGGGCACCCAUUUGGAAGAUCUUUACUAAGUGUCUACAAUGGAAAUUUUGUUUAAAAAGUCUUUGAGUAGUACCAUCAUUUCAAAUAAUUGUGUGCAGUGACUGAGAUUUUUUCUUCUUUUUAAUAAAUUACAUCUUAAGGCACAA